GUGGUCGCUCGUCGAGGCAGCCAUUUCAGCUUUCCAAGGGUUUCAGCGCCAAGGCGUCGGCUACACCGCUCUUCUCUUCUCUUCUCUUCUCGCGUACUGUGAAGGAACUUCCAGGCCCAACCAUGGUUCGUCCAUUUGCGGCCAAGGGGAAGAAGAGGAAAAAGACGGAGAAAUACGACAGAAGUGAGGAGGACGACGGAGAAUCCGUCGCAGCGCCGCCCAAGAAGCCUAUGGUGGAGAAUGAACCCGAUGGAGAACCACCCAAAGAAGAUUUCCAUGAGCUUGAAGGUAUUCCAGUCGUUCCAAAAGACCCCAGAAGUGACAACACUGCUGGUGCUAUCUUCGUCCUCGAGAGAGCUUCUCUGGAGGUCGCCAAAGUUGGGAAGAGUUACCAGCUGUUGAAUUCCGAUGACCACUCCAAUUUUUUGCGGAGAAAUAACAGAAAUCCGGGGGAUUACAGACCCGAUAUCCUGCAUCAAGCUCUCUUGGCGAUUUUCGAUAGCCGCAUUGCAAAGGCUGGGAGGUUGAAAGUUGUUUAUGUGAAAACUGAGAAAGGUUUGCUGAUUGAAAUUAAACCAUAUGUUCGUCUUCCUAGGACGCAGAAACGGUUCUAUGGAGUUAUGUUGCAAUUGCUACAGAAGUUGAGCAUCACAGCUGCGGGUAAGCGCGAGAAACUUUUUCGGGUGAUAAAGAACCCCGUAACUCAGUAUUUACCUGCCAGUUCUCGUAAAAUCGGCUUCUCACAUAGUUCAGACAAGUUGGUCAAGAUGCGAAAUUAUCUGGAUGAUGUCAGAACUGAUGCAGACCUUGUUUUUGUGUUGGGUGCAAUGGCUCAUGGGAAAAUUGAGACAGAUUACACGGAUGAUCUUUUAGCAAUUUCUGAAUAUCCUCUCAGUGCUAGUUGCUGUAUUGCGGAUAUUUGCAAAGAUUUGGCAGAGAAAUGGAAUGUAGGGUGAACCAUGCUGACAGCCCUGCAUCCAGUUAAGUUUGAAUAUCAGUACCUCUACCAUCUUGUUUCAUAUGUUUUAAUUAUUAUUUCAUGAAAUAUGCCUUAAGAUUCUUUAGGUGUUUCUUGGAACCAUAAUAUAGGAAUGCAUUUUUUUUUCUGCUCAAGAGAUAUGAGUUGUAGAGACGAAUUAAGCCUUACCAUAGCUAUUUAAUGUGUAGCCAAUGAUUAAUGCUUUAAAUUUCAUUGAAAGCGAUAGACACUCUUUCCCGUUAA